AUGAUAUUAUUUGAUAGCUCGAUUAUUUUCAUGGAUGAAUUAAAAAGUAUUGCGGCAUUGAAAAACGAAUUAUUUCAACCUGAAAGAGUUGUUAAUGAUUUUGAAAUCGGUUUGAUAUUAGCUGUAGCAGCUGAACUAUUCAUCAAGUGUCUUAAUCGACGUAUUCAAAGUUUAGGCUUAAGCACAACUUAUGCUGAAGACGAUGAAAUCAGACCAUGCUGUCGUAAAUUAAUGGCACUUUGUCUUUUGCCACUUCAAGAAGUUGAAAAUCAAUUUUAUAACUUACGAGCAUCAUUAGAUUCACGAUUAAAGCAGGAACUGCGUCAAUUAUUUUUAUAUUUUCAAAAUCAUUGGAUGAUUGAUGUACCACUCCAAAUGUGGAAUUUUCAUGAUACUCCACAUCGUACGAACAAUAUUUGUGAGGCUUUUCAUGGCCGAUUGAAUAGACAAUGCCGGUUUCAACACUUAUAUAGUCAAAUUAAUGCCGGUACACAACAACUGCCAAAAGCAAAGGCAGCUGAUACAAUGCAAAAGUGA